AUGAAACAUCUGAUUAAGAAGAUUAGGAGAAAUGCCAAGUCUGUGGGUUCUUCUCGAACUCGAGAACCCUCUCCGACGACGACAGAGCCUGCUUUGGAAACCCAGGCUGGUGGUAUGAGCGAUCAAGAGCCACCAACUAGUACAGUUCCCCCUGAAAGUGAUCAGGAAGCACCUAUUCGAGGAAUUGAAGAGCUUCCUAACUCUCCAAUGACCUAUGAACAGGUUUCCGAGUGGCUAGAGCAGGGAUCAUCCGUCGUUCGAGACCCGUCCGAGACAACGCCCACUCUUCCGUCGCUCAACGACACGUUUUCUGUCGUCAUAAGAGGGAUUAAACUUGCUAGAGCUGUUUACAGCAACGAUGAGGAAUGGGGACAGCUGUUAAAUGAUGCACAUGUGCACGCGCAUGAUAUUCAAUCCAGGAUCGACAAACUGGCGAGUCAACAGGGGCCGACGCAAGAUGGGAUCCUUGACAAGGCGAUGGAGAGCUAUAUCGGAGUUAUUCGAGAGAUCGUAGCGGUGGCAAAAGAUGCCAUGACCCAGGCCGGAGGCCGUCAGAGCUCUGCACGGUACUUCGCCAAGAUUACCGUCAGCCCGCUCCAGAUUCACCUCCUCCGCUCCAAAGAAGAGGCUGCGUUUCGCAUGUAUAUGGGAGCCCUGUCUCGACCGAUGGUCACGAAAAUAGACGAAUUGGCUGAUAUAGCCGGAAGAAUGCGUCAAGAUAUUGUCCAAAUCGACCCAAUUACUAUCGCAUUAGGCAAGGGGGAAGAGCAUGAAGCCCUUGGAUAUGCAUUGCAAUACGCAUACGGAACAGACCUUGAAAGAUGCGAGCCGGGAACGCGCAUAGAGGUGCUCUCAAGAAUUCGCCAGUGGGGCAAAGACAUCAAAAGCGAGCCAAUGUUCUGGCUCAGAGAUGCUGCUGGUACCGGCAAGUCGACUAUAGCCGUAACAAUAGCAGCCGAGUGGGAGCGAGAAGGACGGCUCGCUGGGCGCUUCUUCUUUAGUCCCAACAUCGCGCUCAAUAAGAGGAUCAAGUAUUUCUGUCGUACAGUGGCUGCGGAUAUUGCGUGUCACUUUCCAGACUUAAAAGAACAGAUCGAAACCAAACUCAAGGAGUCUCCCUCAAUGGAAAGCCGAAUGGACUUUGCUCUCCAAUUUAGGCAAACUAUUAUCGAACCACUGGCACGGAGAAAAACAAAGGAGACGGCCAUUCUUGUGAUAGACGCCUUGGACAACUGCGACCUAGACGAUCGAGCAUACUUUCUCAAGACGAUUCUCUUCCAGCUCCCAAUGGUCCCUCGACUCAGAAUCCUCAUCACAAGUCGCGAAAUACAGGACAUAGUGGACGUCAUGAACAGCUCGUCCCUUGUUUGUGGUCAAGGUAUUCAGCUUUUGAAUGUCAACAAUCCACCGCAGGACGAUAUCGCCAUGUACGUUCACUCGAAGCUCCACAACUAUUCUCUUGAGGAUCGUCAGUUAGUUAUCGAUCAUGCGAAGGGCCUUUUCAUCUGGGCGGCGACAUUCUGUCGUACCCUCUUGCAAACUCGUUUGGGAGCCCGACUAUUAGCCAACCUCAGUCAUGAAGCCGUCACUGGCUCAAUAGAUCAGCUCUAUCUCAACGUUCUCAAACAAGCCUUGAUCGAUGACGGUGCCGGGAAGGCAAGUUUAAGGCAAGUUAUUCAAGUCAUUAUCUCCGCAUUUCAGCCAGUCUCGACCAAUACCAUUAUCUCGCUUCUUCCUGCCGUUCAUCAGAUUGAUGAGCUGGUACAAAAUCUCGCUAGUGUGAUCAAGGACGGGGACCCUGAUCGACCCCUCAAAGUUCUUCACCCAACCUUCCGCGAGUUCAUCGCCUCCAACGAGAACAGAGCGAACGGAUUCCUCAUUCAUAUUGAUCCAUCCCACUCACUCGUGGGACAAGCUUGCCUAGACGUGUUGGAAGACUCGUUAAGGUUUGACAUGCUCGACUUGAGCCGCGAGGUAAAACACCUCAUUCCUCGUAACAGUGAUAUCAAGGAACUCGAAGAGAGGAUUCAGAAGUGUACUUCCCCUGUCGUACGCUAUGCAAGCUCCUAUUGGGCUCACCAUGUGGUCGCCUCGGAGGACUCAUGGCAGGAUUGGGCAAAGAUAGCGCGCUUUUUCCAGAGUCACUUGUAUCACUGGAUUGAGUUCAUGAGCUGGAGGGGUAUGCUUGGAUAUUGUCUACAAGCACUGUCUCGUUUGAGUUACAGGGUGCGACAAGAAGCGAGUAUUACUGGUUCGAAGGUCGUUAUCGAUAAGCUCUUUGUGCAGCACGCAUACCUGCUCGUCCUGAGGAACCAUUCACUUAUCCAAGAAGCAGCUUUUCAUACAUAUACUAUACCUGCCGCGCUAGCGCCCCAAGGGUCCCCGCUGAGUAAUGUCGUCGGAGCCACAAGCGGCUUUCCUCUCCUGAAGACUAUAACCGCGGCUCCCGUCUUUUGGGAAACGCAAAGGAGACUCUCUUGGGAGGAGGACGAUAUCAACAUAGUCAAGGUUUCCCCAGAUGGUACCCGCGUGGUCACAGUUGGCAUGAGCGCAGCUGUCCAACUUUGGGAUCUGUACACCGGCGAGGUCGUCGGUGUCCCUCUAAAGGCAACGUAUCAAUAUCGAACAGUUAUCGACGCAGAUUUUUCCGCGACUCCAACUCGUACUGGUAGGCAAGUAUGGUUCUACAGAGUGCCACACGAUCUUCGCACGCAUGGACCUUACAGGACCGUGCGCUUCUCGCCAACAAAACCUUACAUCGCCGUGGCUGCCGGGAGAAUGGACGGUUAUAAUAUCACGGAGAGCUAUACUCGAAUGUACGAUCUGGCUACGGGCAAGCUUUACGACGAUUUUUUGACUUUAGACCCCCCAAGUACGUACUUUGAAUUCUCCCCAGAUGGGGAAAGAAGUGUUCAUAUUGGGAAUUUCGACGAUAAACGCGCUUCGAAAGCAUCAUAUAUCACGAUCGUCGACAUGGUCAAUCUAGAGCAACUCAUACAAAUUGAGACUGCUCCUAUCGAAAUCCCCACCAUUAGAUACUCCAGUGAUAGCACGCGUGUGGCAAUUGCAUCACGCCGUAGAGAACAGCCAUCAGCCUUGAUUCUCCUCGACGGCAAAACUGGAGAGCAAGUGACGAUGGCGGAUGUCGACGAGCCGCCUUCUCAUGCCGUAGCCUUUAUGCCUCACAGUCCGCAAAUGGUUACUAUUCCCCGAGGUACUUCAACGAUCGAGUUGUGGGACUCACGAAAUGGGAUGAAGGUUUGGUCGGUCACUAGCGACUGCGCUUACUUCCAUCGGGUCUGGGUAUCUGCGGACGGUCAACGAAUAGCUGCCAUUUCUAACGACCAGAAAAUCAAAGUGUGGGACGUUAAUACUCUCCAGGAAUUGCCGAGUCUUCUCCAGGGUUAUGUAGGAGUGGUUGGCUGGCAGGUUGUCCUCACACCAGACUGGAAUGUCCUAUUAAAUCAAAGGGGUCUCAGAGAAGUUCGAAUAUUCGAUCUUGGUGGCCAGAAAGAAGAGAGGCGGAUUGAUCUCUGGAAUGGUGCUAGUAAUCCGCCGCAACGGAGAACUCUUGUCGACACAUCCUCAGGUGACUAUAUUGGAGAUUUCAAGGUUACUCCGGAUGAAAAGGAGCUCGUAUACACUCGUAGAGACGGCUGUGCUAUCUUUAUCUCGUUAAAAUCGGAUCUCAAGCUACCAAAGGCUCUACAGGACGAGGAUCCAGAGACCUUUGGGGGUACCAUCACCUUUAAUCUCGACGGGUCUCUCAUUGCAAUUAGCAGAGGGAAAUGUACUCAGGUGUGGGAAUAUCAUAGCGGGAAAUCCUUGUGGAAAUCGACAGAACUAGACAUAGAGAACAAGUUUGCCCUCUCCGCGGAUGGAACUACCAUAGCCGUAUACCCGUCAUCCACAGUUCAAGUUUUCAAUCUUGCCGACAAUGAAGAGAUUGGAUCCAUACGAGCAAGGUCCCUUCGUCAUUUGGAUAUACAGCCAGGCGGUAAUCUCCUCGCAAUCACAGUGAUUGAGAAUUUUGUCAUGCCCGACCAUCAAUUUCUUGAGCUGUGGGAUUGGAGGAGCCGAGGUCAGAAACCUAUGGCGCAAAUCAAGAUGCCGCAUGAAUCGUGGAACCCUUGGGACCGGCCUCGUUUCUCCUCUGACGGCAAAUUCGUCGUGAUUAAAUCCCUGGUAUGGGCGAUCGAUGGAAAUGCACUCAUUCGCGUUAUUAGCGAUACUAUACCCCCAUCCCUCCGCGACUACCCCUCUUUCCUCACCCAUCGAAAAGGCUGGAUACACGCGGCCUUUCCUUACGGUCCAGUCCUACCUCUCCCUCCCAACUUUAAAGCUAUUCUGGACGACAAAUUUAGAAUGAAGGAUGUGAUAGCGAGGAAAAACGUCAUCGUCUUAGUCGACGAUUAUGACAUGCCGACCUGGAUCGAUCUCUCAGCUUUUGUAGGUAGCUUUGACUAG